AUGCCACCAUCAAUGCCAUCUCCUCAGAGAGAUUUUGGGUGGGAUUUCUUUAACCCUUUUGACGCCGUGAGACCGGAGAUUAUAAGCAGUUACAGGCGGAGCUCUGAAGAUGAUUUGAGGGUGGUGAGGGAAGAGGAAGGGAUACCAGAGCUAGAAGAGGAAGGGGUUCCUGAGCUAGAAAAGGAAGGGGUUCCUGAGCUAGAAAAGGAAGGGGAUAGAGAAAAAGAGCAAGAAAAGAAGGUAAUGGUGGUAGAAGAAAAUGUUGAUGCAGAGCAAGAAAGUGCAGGUGAGGUGGUGAAGGUAGUUGAUGAAGCUAAUGUGAGCCAUGGAGAGCAUAAAGGACUUGCUGUUGUUGAGACACCAGCUGAAGGAAGGGAGCUAUUAGAAGCAUUGAGGGACAUUGUUGACCUUUUUACUAGGGCUUGUGAUUCUGCAAAAGAUGUGUCUAGGAUGUUGGAGGCUAACAAAGUGCAAUUGCAGUCUGGUUUGGAGGAAAUAAAAGCACAAUUUUAA